GCUGAAGUGUCUUUCCGUUAUAAAAUAAAGGCUGUCAAUAAUACGACGGCUUUCUGUGAAUGUAGCCGUCGUUGAAGACAUAUUUUAUUAGAGAUAGUUAUGUUUAUAGACGUUUAAGGGAUUUUUACUUAUUUUCUCUUUUUAACAAAAAAUGAGCCAAGACGACGGUCAAGAAAGUGACAAGUCACCCGAUCAUUGGUUUUCCAACUUCGAAGAUGAAUGUUUGGAUGAACUGGAAAAUCAAGGAAGAGUCGAGCCUCGGUUACAAUCUGCUGAGGAACACACUGCUCAGCAGCUUUGGUUGGGUUUUCAACAUACAUCCACAGCCAUAGCACAGUUGUAUAAUUUUAAAGAUGCUGCACAUGAUGGCUAUGUUUUGUUGGUCCCUUUUAAUAAAGCUGCAGAAUCACUGACUAAAUUUUACAAAGAUAGUCUUAACAAUGCUAGAGAGUGCCUAAGGCUGGGAGUUCAAAGUGGAAGAAGUAGCCGUGCUCGAGAUAUUGCUGCUUGGGCCAGGAAAAAAAGAAAAUGUAUACACAGAGAUGAACUCUUGGCUUACUUGUGUGGUAAAACUUUACCAUCCCACUCAAAUCAUCAUAGAAAUAGACAAAACAGAAGUAUAGAACGACAGUUGCCUCGUCGUCCGUCACACCAGAGUGACACCAUAGAUUCAGGAGAAUAUCAAGUAAUGGAGGCAUACACGUUGCAAGGUCUGAAUGGUGCAAUGUCUAAUAUAAACAUGGGUUAUUCAAGACCAAGCACUACAACCUCUUGCACAGUGAGUUCAUAUUCAAGGCCAGCAGCUGUUGAGGACAUUUUGUUUCAUGAUGAAAGAGCUCGUAGCUCAGAACACAGAAAACGUACUAGUUCCUCUUCAGCUAUGGAUGUCAAUAUGGAGUCACCAUCUAGGAAACGCGGAAAAUUUCUGUGAAAAUACGGAUGUACACAAAAAACCAAUAACUUUGGUCAAAUAUUUUAGUUUAUUACUUAGAGUGGCAAACAGUUAACAGUAGUUCAUACACAAUGCUGCAAAAUGUUGUUAUAGUGCCAUCUGUAUUGGAGUUUGUUUACUUUUGUCUAUUCAGGUUUAUUCAAAGAAAUUUAAAUAAUUUUCAGUUGUCUUUACUAAAGUUAAUUUAUUUUGGCAUAGUAAAAUUAGACAGUGUUUGGUGCAUCAUUAUAAGAUCUCUUUGGUCCUGUAAACGGGAGGUGAAAUGUACUUGAGAAGCUAAAUUCAGUUCACAAGCAGAGGGAAGUUUUGGCUCUUGUAGAAUUAUUACUUAAUUCAUCUGUUUGGUGUUACUGGCAGUCAGCAAGUCCCAAAAACUAUACAUUACAUCAUGAUUAAUCAUUCUUUUGGAUUCAAUUGGAUGUUUAGAACUAUGCUAACCAUUUUCUCUAGACAUGUAUAUUAACAAAUAAUGUGCUCAAUUUCCUGCAUUACUAAGAAAUCCAUAAAUGCUGUCUUCAAGGCUUUGAUGAAACUACUGUCAAUAUCACCAAACAAAUAUUCUAAAGUAAGGUAGACAAUUCUAAUAGAUAUAGGUAGAUGUAAAUAUAAUGCUGCAUUUAUAUGAAACUUAAAUUAUACAUCCGUACUUUACAUUUUCUUUCAAUAUGUAGUAGCAAAUAUUUCCAAAAUACUUAUAGAAGUCGCACACGUACCAUACUGUCCUCCUUUUAAUGAUAAAUGUUAUAAAAGGGUGUUUGCCUAUUUAUGCAAUCUUGUGUAAUUCACAAAGUUGGACAAUUUUAAACUCUGUGGCAUUGAGUGACAUUAACUUUCUAAAGCUAUUGUUGGUUAUCAAACUGUUUGUGAUUGAACACUAAAGGAAUACACUAUUGUUGUAGGUUUAUCUCCUGUAUACACUUUUCUUAUCCAGUUGAUUAAAAUGUACAUAAGUAUGCAUGCCAAAUACCACUAGAAAAAGCAACUAAUUGCAAUCUCUUCAUGAACUGUCAAAGUCUGCUGAAUAUAAAGCAGUUUCAACAAUUUAUUCCAUUUUAUACAUCCAAGUUGUAUAUCAUGCAUUUUUGCUAUUGUUUCAUUUAUUAACAAACAAGAUAAACUUGGCGAUUAACCGUUUUCCUGUAAUUUGGUUAGCUAAAUCACAAUUCUUUUUAGCUGUGUUGGAAGAAUGGCUUUUUAGUAUCAAAACACAACUGAGACUAAGUCUAGAUCUUGAUGAAAUCUGUUACAAUUAUAAUUAACAAGAAUUUAUUUUCAAGCUUUUAUUUAAUUGACAAUGUAUAUUAAUCUCCAAAUAAUUAUUAGAUCUUUACUUUUGGGAACUAGAGUUAUGACCUCCAUUGUACAUCUAAAACAAAUAAUUGGACAUGAUCCCUUGAUAAUUCUAUAUCUAAGAUUACAUAUACUAAACACAGAAAGUACAUUUACAGUGUAUAUAUCAAUCACAUCAUUAGAGGUAUUCACUAUAGAUAUUUUAACUCAUAAAUCCAUCAUUAUAGGAAUUGUUUUAAGAUUUUAUUUUGCUAAUUUGUAUUUUACAGUUUUAAAAAUUCACUUUUCUUUAUUUUCCUUGGGAACUUGGAUAGCGCGUCUUUUGUAUUUAAGUUUAGCUCCAACCUUCUUUGAGAACUGUUGUUUGCACUUAUAUAUGAACAUAAUCAUCAGAAUGAAUGGCAGUGUUGUGUGUUUCAUGAAUGUUAUAAACACAAGCUUUGGUAUGCAAUUAGAAAUUUUAAACUAUACACAUAUUGGAUUUUGUACAAUAAUUUAGCAGUUUUCAUUUGAAAGUUUUCUAUUGAUAUAUAAAUACUCAUUUGAUGAUAACAGGCUGCAUUCUUUUUACCACUUCCACAAGCCUAAGUUUAACAGUAAAUUAUUACUUCCUGAUGGUAGUUUGGGGAGGGGGGAGAAAAUUCAAUUAAAAUAAAAAUAUUAUUGUAAAUAUGAAGGAAUAAAUGUAUGUGCACCUCCAUAUGUCCGGUAAUGGUGAAAUUGAUAGUGAUUGUGUUUUUAAAAAAUCUGAUAUAUCCUCACUGUAUUGUUCACUGGAUGAGUGGUUGAUACAAAUGUUUCAUUAAAUAAUUGUACUUGUCAUUAAGUAAAAAGACAUGCAGCCCAAAAAAAAUAUUCGUAAUGGGAUGCUUUUAUGCCAGAUAAGAAUUUGUUAAAUUCUUUUUUUGAUUUUUGGCAAUGUCUGAGCAAAAUGUUCAGAACUAGGCCCUGUGAUAGGACUGGCAACAUUUGAAAUAAAGAUUAAUCUUUUUCACUUAUA